AUGCCUGUAUCUUCUUUAAACUACAGCCACGGUAAGAAACUCAAACCGUCUUUAAAACUUUCAAAAACAGCUUCUAUUUCUUCGUUUGUUUCUUCGACCCCUUCUAACUCGUUUUCUCCCCUUGAAGACUCAACAUCUGCUUCUUCAUCUGCAUCAUCUUCAUCAUCGGAAAAAUUGGUACGGUUUGCUACACAUUUAUAUACAGUCAAAAAGUUCAAUACAAAAUUGGCGCCCAUCUCGAUAUCAGAAAAAGUUGUUAAUGUGCCACCUAAAUAUAUCACUUCUCAUCUAGCCAAUAAUUUGCAUAACGACUCUCUUUCGUCAAAUUUCUCUCUCAUUGACGGGGAAGAUCACCCCUAUAGGUUGGAUGUUUUAGACAACAGUGACUUGGAAUAUUACGAUGAAGAUGAUAGAUACGAAAAUGAAAGUGACUUCGAGGAUGAUAAAAUGUUCAUUCUCAAUCGCGACUUUUUUUUGGAAAAAGAGGGUUUGCAUCUCGGCAAAGAGAAUAAAUUUGACAUCGCUGAUUGGAAACUCAUCAGCAGUAAUUUAAACCUAUUCAAAGAUAACAAUAUUACAUAUUUAGCCGAAUUGGAGCGCAGAAUUUUCGAGUAUUUAAAUGGUCAAAAUAUUAAGGUACAUUUGCUAGAAUUGUCAGAUCCUGUAACUUACGAGGAUAUUUGCCGCAAUAAUUUAGGUAGUUGUCAAAUUUCGGGACUUAUAUUUGUCAAUAACCUGAAUUUCGAGAAAAUUAUUGAGAUCAAAUUCACUUUAAAUAAUUGGACAGAUAUUCAUUAUAUUAAUGCGCACUUCAACAAGUCCAUUACUUCUCGGGUUGACGAAUUCAAAUUUGUAAUUGAUAUAUCUGCAUUGAAAUUGAACCUAGUUUCAAAAAAUUUGAUAUACUCCAACUUGUUUGAAAAAAAAACCACAUGCUCUCUGAAUUUGCAGUUUUGUUGCCGUUAUGAUGUAAAUAACUUCAACAAUAAAACAUUUUACGACAAUAAUGACUAUAGGAACUAUGAAGUAACGAUUUCCUUGUCCGCAAUAAGUCUAAAUCGUGAGGUUAAAAAGUUUCCGAAACAUGACUCCAAUCUUGACUCAUUUAUGCUGAGAGGUGGCAAUACAAAUGUUCAUGUGUUGAAAAAUGAUGAAAACAUCAAAAAACCACUGAGAAAAUUCAACGAUGAUACGGAUUAUUUUAACGACUCGCCACUAAAGCACAAGUUUCAUAAAUCCCUCGGGGCAAAAGUAGCAUAUAAUGGACAAUACGUUCUAUCGUCUACCAAAACAAAAAUUAGUGACUGCGGAAUGAAGCCUUUUGAGAACUUGGUCGAGCCGCCAGAAUCCCAAACUGAUGAGGAUACAUCUGAUAGCCCAUAUGAUUUAUCCUUGCAAGACUUUAAUUAUUGGGAGUUUACAAACCACGGACUUGAAAAAGCAAUGGCUGACUUGGAUAUCUUACAGUUCAAGAAUUAUUCAAAGCCCAUUAGUAGGCAUCCUACAAUAGAUGACUCAUUCACAUUGAGAACUGGCAAUAGUACAUUACGUUCAGAAACGCAGGAGCUUGAAGAUGACUUCAGCAGCCAGGAGAAAAGCGCCGUAACAACUGCUCCGUUAAAUGGAAUGCAAAUACACGAUGAUGAGUUUGAAGCCUCCUUGAGUUACAUAAAUUGGAACAACUCUACUGAUACCUUAAUGAAAAAAAAUGAUAGACAAUCUAUAGAGCCAAGUUCUCCCUCGCAAUUAUCUAUAGCGACAAUAAGGAUGGAAGAAAACCUACUAAACCAGGAAAAUAGCGUUGGCAAUAAUAUGUACUCAUUUCCAGCAUUUUCUCCGCUGAAAGACUCGACUCCGCUACCAUUCUUACCAAGUGAUGGUAUAAAUGAUGACAUAAGGGAACGUGAAGAAAAUAUCUUCUUUAGCUCGAAUGAGAUUCACUUCCCAUGUGAUUAUUUUUCCAAGUCGCCGUCACCAUCGCCAUCGCCCAUAUAUUCUUAA